AGUGAUAUACGUCGAUUGACAACUUAUGGUCAUCUUCACAGCAUAUUUGGGCGCGUCUGGAAGACUGGACUUGCCAAAGAGGGACGAGAGUGCGGGAAGCGCCUUGGAUCUAGGAUCUAAGCGGCGACGUCGGCCCUUGUCGAGUAAUUUACGAUGUGGUCCGGUACAGGGCCAUCCACACGACCUCCGCACCGUUCGUCGCAGGUUUCCCAUGCUGUUCAUUCUCCGCAGGAGCCCGAUAAGGCGGGUUUCCAGCACUCGCCGGUACAACCGGAAAAUGUGCGCGCAUCCAUCUCGGUUGCACUCCGCUCAUAAAAAGCCCUCGGGCUUUCCUAGGAGACAUGACCGUCUAUUCCGUGCUCAAUCACGACCUGCCUCGUUCGCUCGAGCCUCGAGUUUCCCUGGCUUUAUCUCCUCACCCUCCUGCACAUUGCUUCAGCACCUCCGCCCCGUGUUGUGGCAAGCGCCUCCAGCUUUAAGGAGGAUAGCGUGAGGCCUUUUCUCUAACGCUAUCUAUCAUGUCUACCCCAAAGCUCGUCGACGAUCCCGAGAAGGCCAUUGCCAACUACCUCGAGCUCCUGCCCAUUCCGCUAGAGAAGGCGCCCGUAGUCUCACUGCAGGGCGGUAUCCCCACAUCCAAGGCGUUGCUUGCGGGCAAACCAGCACCUCGCAAAGUCAAUCGUUGGAUUCGCUUCCAGCUAUGGUUCAACACGUAUCGGAAAUUUUACGCCUUUGUCACGAUCAUCAAUGGCAUGGGGCUGCUUUUGGCUGCUCUGAACAUUUGGACGUAUCCUCGACGCUACACUGGUGCAUUCGUGCUGGGCAACCUCAUUUUCGCUAUCCUCAUGCGCAAUGAGCUCUUUGGCCGUAUGCUGUACGUUACGGUCAACUUCCUCUUUGCCAAGUGGUCACCACUGUGGUUCAGACUUGGAUGCACAUCUGCGUUGCAACACCUGGGUGGCAUUCACUCGGGCUGCGCAACCUCUGGGUUUGCAUGGCUUAUCUUCAGAGUCACUCUCAUCUUCAUCGACCACAAGGAUAAUCACGACGCCGUCCUCAUUAUGGGAGUCAUUACCAACCUCGCCGUAGCCACCAGCAUAGCCAGCGCAUUCCCGUGGGUCCGGAAUACGCAUCACAACAUUUUCGAGCGACACCACCGCUUCAUCGGAUGGGUCGGUCUCGCGUCAACUUGGGUCUUUGUAGUUCUCGGGGACAGUUAUGACCUCGAUACCCAUACUUGGGACCCAAGUGUUCGCGUCAUUCGUCAGCAGGACUUCUGGUAUUGCUUCGGCAUGACUGUCUUCAUCCUCAUUCCAUGGUUCACGGUUCGCGAAGUACCAGUAGAUAUCGAAGUGCCGUCUCCAAAGGUUGCAAUCCUGCGCUUCGAGCGUGGAAUGCAGCAAGGUCUCCUUGCUCGCAUCUCUCGCUCUUCGAUCAUGGAGUACCAUGCGUUCGGUAUCAUCUCCGAGGGCACCCAUGCGAAAUAUCACUAUUUGAUUUGCGGUGUUCAGGGCGACUUCACCCGCAGCCUGGUGAACGACCCUCCCACACACGUCUGGACGCGUCAGCUGAAAUUUGUCGGUGUCUCGAAUACCUCAACACUCUACAAGCGAGGCAUCCGCGUUUGCACAGGCACAGGUCUCGGCGCCGCUCUAUCAACUUGUAUCCAGAGCCCAGAUUGGUACCUGAUAUGGAUUGGCUCGGAUCAAGAGAAAACGUUUGGCCCCACAAUCUCGAACCUCGUUCACAGACAUCUCGGCAAAGAGCGCUGCUGCCUGUGGGAUUCGAAGGCGCGAGGUGGCCGUCCAGACGUAAUGAAGCUUGUCAAGGAAGCGUAUUACGCGUGGGGAGCGGAGGUUGUCUUCAUAACAUCGAAUUAUCAGGGCAACAAGGAGAUCAUGGAAGGCUGCAAGGAGGUUGGCAUCCCCGCAUUCGGUACCCUUUGGGACUUCUGAGUCCUUCCUCGCGCUCAGACAUCGCGGGGCGGCUUGGUCCCUGCGUGCAGGAUAGAUCAGCCCGCAAAGUCUGGACACCCACACGCUUAUCAAUAUAUAUCACAGCAUACUUUAUUUGUCCUAUAGCUGUAACUCUAGUUGUAACUUUUCGUCGCUACAUCGAAAGUCUAUCCUGUACCUGUUCUGCAAAAG